CCUCUCUUCACAAACCAAUUAAGCAUUAUCCUCCAAAAGUACAUUCGUCUUUUUUUCCCUCUUUUCCAGAAGACAAUCAAAUAUUCACACAAGAAAAAACAAAUCUCUGUUCCUCGAGUCUUACCAUAGAAACUGAACAAAAAACAAUGGCGAACGCGGCGUCGGGGAUGGCAGUGGAGGACAACUGCAAGCUGAAGUUUUUGGAGCUAAAGAAAAGAACCUACCGGUUCAUAAUAUUCAGGAUAGAUGGACAGCAAGUGGUGGUUGAAAAGUUAGGAAACCCGCAGGAGACUUACGAUGAUUUCACCAAUUCCCUCCCUGCCGAUGAGUGCCGCUAUGCGGUUUUCGAUUUAGAUUUUACCACCAAUGAAAACUGCCAGAAGAGCAAAAUCUUCUUCAUCGCCUGGUCACCGGAUUCAUCUAGAGUGAGGAUGAAGAUGGUGUACGCGAGCUCUAAGGAUAGGUUCAAGAGAUCAUUGGACGGCAUUCAGGUUGAGUUACAAGCCACUGAUCCUAGCGAGAUGAGCUUUGACAUCGUCAAAAGCCGAGCUCUCUAAACAUUUCCGUUGUAUUCAUCAAGCAUUUAUAUAUAAUCUUUCGUAUUUCUCAUAUUGAAAAGAAAACAAAAUUAAAACACACUCACGUUAUGUAAUUUUCUUGGUAA